AGUGUCCUCUGGUCUAAAUGAAAGUCACCGCUUGGGCAGAAGUUUCUGCUUAAGUUUUUCUGGGUAUUCUCGAGAAAACCGGACUGCACCGGACGGAAAAUACUAUAAUUUGCGGUUUUCUGAAUAGCAAAGGAAACAACUCAGCACAUGGUUGUUACUUUGAAAGGGCCAACUAGCGUGAGCAGAAUCCGAUCCAGCGUCAUACAUCAUGUUUACCUUAUCAGAGCUAGCCUCUCUACAUGACCGUCAGGGCAGUUAUUACCGGCUGCUGAAGCCGUGGUGGGAGGUGUUCAUGGAGUACCUGGUGGUAUUGAUGCUCAUGGUAUCUGUGCUUGCUGGGACUCUCCUGCUCUCCCGGGAUGGAGUGGUGUGCCUCCCUGUAUACCCUCAGCUCCAAAAUCACAGCUCUCCCAGCCACGCUGACCCCCAGCCCAAGACACUCCUCCAUCCCUCCAGGAACUCACUUACCUCAGACCCCCACCCUACCUCUACCCCAUCCAAUCACAUCCCACCUCCCCAGACUCUGCCCAGAGGGCGGCGCACGCACCUGGACUACCAGCAGUAUAUGUACAUUAGUCAGGUGUGCUACCACGAGGCCCUCCCCUGGUAUUCCCGCUACUUCCCCUAUGUGGCACUGUUGCAGUCCCUGGUCCUGCUGGCCAGCGGCUGCUUCUGGUUCCACUUCCCCUUGACGUCCGCCCGUAUUGAGCACUUUCUGGCCAUCCUGGGGAAGUGCUGCGAGUCGCCCUGGACAUCGCGGGCACUGUCCCACACAGCCUGGCUGGAGAGCACACGCACCCAGGGAGAUGAGGGUGGGCCCACGCUGCCCUCAGCUCCACCCUCCCGGGCAACUUCCAUAGCCGGCCAGUCCAGCCUAGACUCGGGCACAGACAGCCCCCCAUUGGUCAGAUGUGACAGCACAUCCCCUGCACCGCCCCCAUCUCCCUGCCCCUCUACCCUGUCUCGCUCCUCCUCCCUGUCCUCCCUGUCUUUCUCUGCCCCCUCCCACCCCUCCAAGCAAGAGCCAGCUCCAACAGUGAUGCCUGACAGCCGCCCUCAGACUGCCAGCCUUGACCGCAGUGACGGGGAGCAGGCACGGGCUCUGUUUGAGAGGGUGCGCAGGUUUCGGGCACACUGUGAGUCCUCUGACAUCAUCUUCAGGGUGUACCUGGCCCAGACUGUGUUCAAGGUGCUGAAGUUUUUGCUGAUUGUGAGCUACACAGCACCACUGCUGGGUUCCAUCUCCUUUACCCACACCUGCCAGCCUCGGACCCAUGCACUCACAGGGUACAGCACCUUCCAGUGCACCCACAGCCUGGCCUCUGUCUUACGCAAGCUGCUGCUUGCCUACGUGUUCUUGGUCAGCAUCUUCGGGGUGCUGGGCAUCUACACCCUGGCCUGGAUCUGCCACAGAUCUCUGCGUCGGUAUUCCUUCCAGCACCUGCGGGAGUGGGGCUCCAUGCGGGAUGUCCCGGAUCUGUGCAAUGACCUGGCCUUCCUGCUGCACAUGGCAGACCAGUACGACCCCCUGCUGGCCCAGCGGCUCUCUGUCUUCCUGUCACCCAUCAGUGAGACGCGCCUGUUGGAGGAGAACCUGGAGCGGCAGUGGGGGGAGGCACGGUUGCACUCCAUGACCUCUACCGACCCCCACGGCCGCACCCAGCUGCAGCUAGUGGCCCUGCCCCAUCUGCCUUGCGCCCUCUACUCCCUCAGCCACCUGGAGGUGCUGAAAUUGGAGCUCAUCACCGAGGCCAAGCUGACCACACAGCUCUCCCACAUGACCUCACUCAGGGAGCUGCACCUGUACCACUGCCCUGCUGUGGUGGAGCCAGCGGCCCUGCUGGUGCUUCAGGAUCGCCUGGAGUCCCUAUAUCUCACCUUUACCCUGGCCACAGAGAUCCCCAGCUGGGUUUACACUCUGCGGGGCCUGCAGGAGCUGCACCUCACUGGCCGGCUGGGAGGGGAGGGUGGGUCAGGACGGGGCUGGGUGCUAGGCAGCCUGAGGCAGCUGCGGCACCUGCGGGUGCUGGCCUUGCGGGGGGCGCUGCAGCGUGUGCCAGCCGAGCUGGCUGAGGUGGCGGGUAGCCUGCUCCGACUGGAAAUCCACAACGAUGGGGCACGGCUGCUGGUGCUGACGGCACUUCGGCGCACCGCCGGCCUGGCCGAACUGCAGCUGGAGGGCUGCCAGCUGGAACGCCUACCCUCCCCCCUGCUGGCCCUCACCAGCCUCCGCUGCCUUGACCUGCGGCACAAUAGGCUGCGCACGCUGGAGGGCCUCCUGGGUCUGCAGCACCUGCGCCGGCUCACCUGUCUGAGGCUUGCCCACAACCGCGUGCUGACCCUGCCUCCCAGUGUGGGCAUGCUGCGAGCCCUGGAGCUUCUAGACCUGGGGCACAACCAGCUGCAGAAACUGCCUCCCGCACUUUUCACCCUUCACCACUUGCGGCGCCUCCUGCUGACAGGGAACCUGCUGGAGGAGCUGCCCCCUGACGUGGGAUCGCUGCUGCUGCUGAACGAGCUGGACCUGAGCGGGAACCGGCUGGAGAGCCUGCCCCCGGCGCUAUUCACCCACUGCAUGCACCUACGCACCCUCAACAUGGCCCACAACUCCCUGGUUGCCCUGCCACCUGGCCAGUGGGCCCUUCACGAGCUGUCCCAGCUGGACCUGCGGGGGAACAGCAUGGAUGCCCUCCCUGCAGAGCUGGGGAGUUGUGUGGGAUUGCGUGGGGGUGGCCUGCUGGUGGAGGAUUGGCUGCUCUUUUCCCUGCCUCCCCACAUCAGAGAGUUCCUCUUGAAGCCCAACACCCUCCCAAGCACCUCCACAGAAGGACACUCUCAACCAGAUUUGGACAUUUUCCCUACUUUCUCUACAGCCCAGUGGAGUUUCCUCUCUGCUCUGGAGUCACAAAUAUAGAUGCAGAUAAAAAUAUAGAGAUAUAGAUGCAGAUGCAGAUAUAGAUAUACAGAUGUGGAUGUGCACUCUGUGCAGGCCCUUCAACACUCCUCUGUACACCUCUCCAGCCAUGCUGCGGGGGAGCAGCCAUUUUAUUGUCAGGGGUUUGGACUUCUCCAUUUUCCCAGGGCUUGGAAUUUCAUAUCAGAUGUCAUGUCAUAUUAGACAUGUAACCAUGUCCUCCCCACUUAUCCUCCUUGAUGUAUCUACUGCUUUUAGAACAGCUGACUAUCAGGUCCUCUUGGCUAAAAUGGGUUUUUCAGGCACUGCCCACAGGUCGUUUUCUCCCUACCUCUCUGCCCAUUCCUACUGGGUAGCAUGGUGUAGGGGUAAGUUAGUCUUCCUCACAGGGGCAAUACCAAUUAUGUAGGGACAACGCCUAUGAUUUGAGGGGGGUACCAUUUAUGUGUAAGGAAUAUCCUUACAUGAGGUACCAAUUAUG